AUUGUAGAACAGCUUCGUUGUUCCUAUCCUGAUUUCCCUGUGAUACCGCAUUCUCUCUCUGCGUUGUUGAACAUUCAGAAAAUGGAGAACAACGCAUUCAGAGAUCGAAUCUUUGCAGAAAAUGAACAAGAAGAAAUCCCCGAUUCCUUUAAUUGCUGCGUUUGUCUGGAUCUAUUAUACAAGCCCAUUGUGCUAUCUUGUGGUCAUAUAUGCUGUUUCUGGUGUGUCUAUAAUUCAAUGAACUGUCUGCGUGAGUCUCAAUGUCCAGUAUGUAGGAAUCAAUACUAUCACUUCCCAACAGUCUGCCAAAUGCUUCACUUUUUGCUUCUUAAGAUCUAUACUGUUGCUUACAAGAGAAGGGAGAACCAAACUCUUGAGGAAGAAAAUAAAUCAGGGUUCUACUCCCCUCAAUUUGAUCCUGAUACUUGUGAAUCGCAAGCUAAAUUUGGUCAUUCUGGUAUCCCUUCUUCCUCCUCUAUUACGAAUUUGACAUCCAACUCUUGCAAUGUGGGAACUUCUGAAUGCGUGGAGCAAUCAGGGCCCACUGCCCAUGAAGGAGAUGAAGGCACUGUCUAUUCUGAUGGAAAGCCUGAUAUUAGAACUCCUGCUAAAGAAAAAAAAAUUCCUCAGGAAGAGCUUUCUCCACAACAGAAAUUAUCAGUUGCAGAUGUGAUGUGUACAAUGUGCAAGCAACUGCUCUUUCAUCCUGUAGUUCUUAAUUGUGGUCAUGUAUACUGUCAAGCUUGUGUCAUGAACAUAGAUGAUGAGAUGCUUAGAUGUCAAGUUUGUCAAAGUCCACAUCCCAGAGGAUUUCCAAAAGUGUGUUUGGAGUUGGAUCACUUUUUGGAGGAACAAUUUCCUGAAGAAUAUGGACAACGGAGAGAUGCCUUUGAACAGAGGCAAAUCAAAGUCAAACCUGAGAUCCCUUCUUCUGGUUCAUUGGAUAAUGGUAACAAAGGAGGAAGUAUAGAUUGGUGGACCGAUCCUGACUCAAAAGUUCACAUUGGAGUUGGUUGUGAUUUUUGCGGGAUGUUUCCCAUAAUUGGAGAUAGAUAUAGAUGCAUUGACUGUAAAGAGAAGAUGGGUUUUGAUCUUUGUGGUGAUUGCUAUGCAACCCGGUCCAAGCUUCCCGGUCGAUUCAACCAACAACACACCUCAGAGCACAAAUUCAAGCUUGUAGAACCCAACGUUCUUCAGAACAUAAUGUUGAGGCUGGCCACAGCACAAUUAGGGGACACUUCUAUGGACCUGGGGUCUGUAGGAAACUUAGAAAUUACUGCAGAUGGCGCUGCAUUGUUUGAUGAUGGAGAAGAUAACCACAGUGACUCUGAAGGCACCAACUGAAAAAUUGAGCUCAACAAAAGUCCAUGGUCUUCCAUUGAGAGAAGCAAAUAAUGCAAUGCUUCAAGGAGUUUGCUAGUCAAUUGGUUGGGGAAUUCUCAAUUCCACAAGGCCAAUGUGGUUUUCCUAUUGUAUGCCAACUUGAAAAUGUUUUUAUGUCUCAACUGAAUUUGUCUCCAGCUUGUCGCAAUCCGUGGCUAUUUUCUGUCAUUGCAUUAGGUGCUAGCAAUACUGUUACACCUUGAUGGUAAGAAUCUUGUACCUGGCUGUUUGAACAUAUUCGGGAAUGUACAUAUUCUAGGAGUUUGUCUGUGAUCUAUGAUAAUGUUUGUUACACUCUUAAUAAUAAUUGUUAUAUUAUUGUGAAUAAUACCACGGAGCAGCUUGUAUUAUCGUAUGUAUUAAUAAUGAUG